AUGGAGCCAUCACCGUACCUACCUGGUACCCCACCACAAGUGCCUUUGAGGCUUUCCCUGCUGGACAGCGAGGUGUCCUUCCAUAAUUACCAGCAUCAAGGACCACCGUCCCAACCUGGACCUCCUACACCGCAGAGAUCUACGCCAAGCACCGUCGAGCUUCUGCAGGCUUUGAACCUAGCCAUCCAAGCUCAACGAAACACCAGUACCCGUCCGGCCCCAAGCCAACCUGCUGCAGGUCCGAGCCAGACCUCAGAAAGGGCUCCAGCCCAGCCACCGAGGCAAGAUGCACCACCGGGCAAUCCAGUCAAUGAUGACGUCUUCUCGGACGAGGAAGACGAGAUGCCACCACCGGAAGCCGCAGAAGCCGAGGACCAAUAUCUGGAUGACCUGCACCCCGGCCAGCCAAUAGAGCCAGUGGCACCCCAAGUCGGGGCUCAGGACGAGGACGGUCCACACCUCGACCGGCCAACAGAGCCACGACUACCCUAUACCGAAGCCCAAGACCAGGACGGUCUCCACCCCGGUCGGCUAAUAAAACCAACCAGCCAACCAGGACGGCAACCUACGGACCAUGGACGGGUCCAACGGCUGGAUGACGACCGCCCUCCAUAUCCACUGAUAGCCUACCCUGAGGCGACACCAGGCCCUAGCCAUGCUAGGCCACAUGCAAACCUCCGAGCAAGCCACCAUCUCUAA